AUGGUGGAAGCAACCGACGGCAGCGGUAGCGGCAGUGGCAGCGGCAGCGGCAGCCCCACAACAUGGAAGUUCACGCAGUGCUUUGGCGACAAGGGAGAUGUGGAAGAUAUCACAGAGGCCGACAUCAUAUCAACGGUCGAGUUCGACCAGACGGGCAACUAUCUGGCGACGGGUGACAAGGGCGGGAGAGUGGUGCUGUUCGAAAGGAAUGAAACAAAAAAGACUUGCGAAUACAAGUUCCACACCGAGUUCCAAUCACACGAACCGGAGUUCGAUUACCUAAAAUCACUAGAGAUUGAGGAGAAGAUCAAUAAGAUCAAAUGGUGUCGGCGGCAGAACGCGUCACAUUAUCUCCUGUCAACGAAUGACAAGACGAUCAAGCUGUGGAAGGUGUUUGAGAAGUCGCUAAAGGUCGUGGCGGAGAACAAUCUGUCGCACGAGUUGACCCCUGGGGGUGGAGUGGCCGGUGCUGGAGGACCUGUCAAAAAUCCGAAUGCUCGCUUCCACAGCGCAUCGGACCUCAAACUACCUCGUCUCACCCAGCAUGACACCGUCAUCGCAGCGGUUCCCCGGAAGACGUACUCCAACGCGCAUGCAUACCACAUAAACAGCAUAUCAGUCAACAGCGAUGGUGAGACCUUUAUCAGCAGCGACGACCUCCGGAUCAACCUCUGGAAUCUCAACAUCCAAGACCAGAGCUUCAACAUCGUGGACAUCAAGCCGGCGAACAUGGAAGAGUUGACAGAGGUCAUCACAGCAGCGGAGUUCCAUCCGCAAAGCUGCAAUUGGUUCAUGUACGCUAGCUCCAAAGGGACCAUCAAGCUUGCCGACAUGAGGGAAAGCGCCUUGUGCGAUCAGCAUGCUAAACAAUUCGAGCAAGAAGAGGAUCCCUCAUCCCGGUCAUUCUUCUCGGAGAUCAUCUCUUCGAUCUCAGACGUCCGGUUCUCGAAUGAUGGCCGCUACAUCCUGUCACGCGACUAUCUUACGGUGAAGAUAUGGGAUGUGAAUAUGGAGAAGCAGCCCAUUAAGACCAUUCCUAUUCAUGAGCAUCUUCGGCCACGACUUUGCGACACGUAUGAGAACGAUAGUAUCUUCGACAAGUUCGAGGUCGUGUUCUCCGGAGAUGCGAAGAACGUGAUGACGGGCAGCUACAACAACAAUUUCAUGAUAUACCCCUCCGACCCGGAGAAGGACACGGAAGUGGUGUUACAGGCGGACAAGUCGGCGUUCAAGGCUAAGAAGGUAGGGAUACCGACGCCGAUGAACUCCUCGACAAGCCCGACCAGCGGCACACACAAAAAGGGAGGAUCAAGAGCGGGCAGCCCUGCGGCCGGAGCUGUGGGGUCGGCACAGCGGAUGAGGAAAGAGACAGACGCGGAUCACAUUGAUUUCAACAAGAAGAUUCUACACAUGAGUUGGCAUCCGUUCGAAGACAGCAUUGCGAUCGCAGCGACAAACAACCUCUUCGUCUUCUCAGCAUUGUAG